AUGUUGACCAUGUUCAAUCUUCUACUUGCAAACCUGCUCUUCUCAAGCACCACACAAGCACAGGCGCAGGAAGCGGCUUGCAAACCACUCCGCUGGAAUAUCUCAGCGUCUGCCUUAAACUUGGAUCUCUCUCCUUGGACUGUCGACACCCUUCUAUCAACCCCCCUCGCAACACUCCUUGGAAAUGUCUCUGAGCUCAAUUUCAACGCAGGUGUCAAUGUACAUUCCGAAAUUUAUGGAGUCUAUUGUGAGCCAUUGCAGAAGGUUGAUCUUGCAACAAAAUCCACUCUCCAAAUCUUGGUUCAUGGCUCAUCCUAUACCAGUGAUUGUAAGUCGUCUAUAUCCCAAAAUUUCCUACAUUUAACGACUGACAUUCUAUAGACUGGCGUGGCUCUGAUUCUGGUGAUAGUGUAUCAGCACACUCUCUUGAUUAUGACUGGGUUCACUAUGCGAAUUCAAGAGGUUACCCUACUAUCGCAAUUGAUCGUCUCGGUAACGGACAAUCCUCUCACCCUGACCCAAAGGUAGUGCAGUAUACUUUGGAAGUCGAGAUCCUUCACCAGCUCUCUAAGAAUAUCAGAGCUGCCUUCCCACACGUGAAGAACUUGGUUUGUGUUGGGAAUGCAUACGGCUCAAUACUCGGAUCUGUACUUGCUGAGAAAUACCCCGCAGACUUCGAGGCUAUUGGUAAGAACCCCCUUCUUCAUUUCAUGUCCAACUCUAGACGAGACUCCCACAUUUUCCAAGGCAUAUAAAGCUGACCAUUGAAAUUGCAUGAAGUUCUCACGGGCUACAGUAAAAGCUACAACACUGAAGCAUUCGGAAAUAACCUCAUCGCCUCCUACGUCUCCCCCGGAGCAAACCUCGAUGAAGGGUACACCCAGUUCCUCAACAUCUCCAUCUUCCAACAAUUAUUAUACGCCCCAUUCUACACCAACAACGCCCCAUACUCACCCGCUGUCCUAAACGACGACUUCAUCCACCGAGGAACCAUCUCCGUCGGCGAAAUCGCAACCGCAUACUUCGGAAUUCGCGAAGCUGCAGCCUACAAAGGCCACAUUUUAGUAGCCACCGGACAAGACGACAUCGUAUUCUGCGGAAAUGGACCGCUUGGAUAG